CAAAAAUGUAGGUGUGCUGCACAAGGACGAUGCGCUCCAAGAAAAAUGAAACAUUCAGUAUCUACUCUAAUGCCAAGCAAAAUGAUUCACGUUUGCUACACUCCUGUAAUGAAGUAGUGCAGCGCUUUAAAGCUAAAGGAAUAAGAUCAUGUCCUCUCCAUCCGACCAGCCCGCGCCCUGCUCCCUUGCGCGUAUUGCGCGGGCAAAAUCCCAGACGUGGGAGGGUGAGGGUGUUCCAGGUGAUAGCUCUGGAAAAAAAGUUGACGGCUCUGCAGGAGACGCAACUUGCGGUUCUGGGGAAAGCAAAAACGAUAUCAGCUUUGAUCGAUGGAUGUUUUUCAAGACAGCCUUGUACGAGUCGCUGCCGCCUUACAUCAAUCUCUUAGCAAUCAUACCGAUUGAACGGUUUGUUGAAAAACGGACAAUAAAGCAGACACUAGCGUUUUGUCGAAGCAGACUGUAUAUUUUCGUCAUCUUAUGAAAAAAGCAUGAUAGAGAUGGAGGCUUCACCAGCAGGUGUGAUGGAUGUAUGUUGUUGAUAAGCAGCUCAUUAUCAAGAUGGUAAUACUGAUUGCUGCAGAUGAUGAAUCUGUAUGCGUGAAAGAAUCUGUGUCUAAGUUUCCCUUCCGCUCUGUGCGGCAGCCGUGCGCCACCUGCUUUUCCGUUUCUGGUACAAUUACUAGCCAUUGCGGGUCCCAAUUACAUGCUUCCGAUUGCAUUGUACUUGUGGCUGAGUGACGCUCCAGGUGUCAGAGCAGUGCUGGACUUAGCUGAAAUUCUCACUUGGUGGGUGGCGAUCGCCAUGCGAAAUUGUGUGGUAGCCAUCAAAUACGGGUACCUGGAGAAAAGUGAGUAUGAAGACAGGAUGUUGCAACUUUUGAGUUCAGUAGGUACAUCACAUCUGCUGUAUCUAUAAUAUGAUUCAGUAAUUCAUCCCAUAGAUUUGGAUUUACCGCACAGGAGUGGGCACAGGAGUACCUAUCAACUCCGUGUACGGGAAGAACGAAAACAUAGACGGCUCCUUGUUUGUUAGUCUACUGCAUUCCCGUUUCCUCUCUUCAUUCAUUUCCGAAUCGAGGUGCCUCCUCCUGUUUCCUCUCUUCAUUCAUUUCUGAAUCGAGGUGCCUCCUCCUGUUUCCUCUCUUCAUUCAUUUCUGAAUCGAGGUGCCUCCUCCUGUUUCCUCUCUUCAUUCAUUUCUUAAUCGAGGCUCAGUACGUCGAGAACUUCAACAAUCCGUUUAUAGUGCAGCGACGACUCUUUAUGGGUGGGUGGGCAACGCCGAAUGA